CUUCAAACAUGGAGGGGGAAUGUAAAUAUUUAUUUGCUGCAUUUCCAAAGGACAUAUUGCUGAAAUGUGAACGUUGUUAUUUACAUAUCCUCUGAACCAUACUGGGUGUAUAAUGGCUGUGCAAGAGGCUAAAAGUGGAGUUAUGACAUAUGUGGAAAGCAAAGAGACACUUUAAUCUGCAUUUGUGUCUGCUCAAGGCAUUGAGUGACAGGACUGAUUAGCACUCAAACGACCAGUUGGCCAGCUGUUGGCGACGACAGCACCUGUGUAAACAUGAUCCAGCCAUGUCAUUAAUUUCCCCUGUUUGUUCAGGUUAAGUGUGAAUAGUUUGACAGGAUUGAUAUGUUUUAAAGGUACAUAGUUUAUGACUAAACUUGUUAAUUUGUGUUGGUGUAGAAAACCUAAUGAAAUCUGUUGGUCAUGAUAAUCCUUGGAGUUUUACUCAUUAAGAGUGUGUGUGUGUGCAUGUGCGUGCAUGUGUGUGGGUGUGUGUCUGUGUGCGCGCGUGUGUGUGUGUGUGUGUGUGUGUGUGUGUGUGUGCACUCUUCCCUGUCAGAGAGCAGCAUAGCUGAGCAGGUGGUAGAGAGUGGCAUUCUGCCAGUCCUGGCUCAGGCCUUGAGGAGAAAAAGUGCCCUCACUAUACUCACAGCCAGACUGGUGGCUGAGCUCUCCAGGGAGGCUCCCUUCAGAGACAGCUGUUUUGAGACUGGAAUUUUAUCUGCUCUUAUGACUCUGUUGCUCAGUGAGAACCAGGAGCUACUGCUGCAUGCUAGCCGAGCCAUGGGGAGAAUCUGUUGUGACAGCAAUCUGCAGCAGAAUAGGCUGAUGAGACUGGGAGCUGUCCCCAGACUGGUGUCUGUGCUGCUGCAGUAUUGUGAGAAUGAGGCCUUGCUGAGUUCCUGUCUGCUGGCUCUGUGUAAUCUGGCUGAUAUGGGUGAAGAGGAUGGCUCUACACUUGUUUGGGAGAGGAGAGGCCAUUUUGACGAGGAAGUGCAUGUGUUCCAUGGCACCUUGCAGCACUCAUUUGGCUUUGUGUCAACAGCGACUGUGGUCCAGUUAAACCAGUGGUCUCAGGGGCAGUACUCAGUAAGAGUGGAAGUGGUUCAGAAAUGCUCCACUCUCUUGUGGAAGGAGCACAACAGACGGCAGACUGGAUGGCGUCUGCUAAGUUUCACAUGCUUGGGCUUUUUCCCCAAGCUCUACAAGUUUAUAAAGUACUCUGUCAGGAACAUUCCGAAGAACAGGAGUCGUCUGAAGACUGCAGUGUUUCACACUUUCUUGUGAGGAUAGAUGACAUCUCAGGUAUGAGUUUGAGGAAAAAUAUUAGCUCAAGUGUUUACUUGAGGAAACAAAUUGAUCAAUUGUUGAAAAACUUAAAACUGUUGCUGACUUUAAGCAAGAAUAUUUGGUGAAAUAGACGAUGGAGGAAAAAAUAACGAGAAAAAGAUGUUGACCACCAGCAUCCAAACAACCAGGAUAAGGAGACACCUCUAUCUGCUUGUCAGUCAUGUUUCCUGUCAAUUCAGAAAGCAUUUUAACCUAGGUAACUGUGUAUUUGUAUGAAUUUGACUAGUUUCAAAUCAGCUAACUUUCACUGAAAUCAAAAACUAUACCAUUAGGUCUCCCUAUGUAAGUAGGGAAAAAUGAUAUGCUUAUAUAUAGUACUUAGUAUAUAAUAUAUGCAAAGUCGAGAGUUGACAGACUGUUCACUGCUCAUUUUGUUGCAUGUUGAGGUAUCCUGACACAUUAAGGUGUCUAUUUGUUUUUUUUGUUGUUUUUUUUUGCUUGCACUAAGCAUAAGAAGUGAUUGAGGCGCAAUCUGUUGUUUGCAUCAGUCUGUCUGUAUCUAAGAGGAUUUACACUACAGGAUUCCAUGAUCAACUGCAGUCAGAGACUUAACCAAAU